CUUUCAUUAACCCGCGUUGCGAAUUUUACCUCACUCAUUGUUAUUGAUACGGGUGAAUUUACCCGUUCACCGCGCUGCGUGGAGGUCCUUGAGGGCUGUUGGUCGAAGCGAGACUCUCAUAUUCUGUUUUUAAAUCUGCGGCCCCCCAGUCUCGUUGUCAGUACUUGCGCCUGUCCCGUUGCUUCCUACCGACGAGAAACAUCGCGUUGGGGCUUCAUUGUUGUGAAACGACAUUAGACGCUGCUUGUGUUCUGGGGAUUGCUGUCAAUUAGCGAACUUGUCCCUCCGGUCACGUUAUCCCAGGUCCUCUGGAAAAUAAGCUCGAGGCUCGCAAGCAGUCACAGUCACAGUGCAUUCACGAUGGUGUCCUCAAAAGCGUUUCUCGCCUUCUCGUUGAAAUGCCUGGCAUCUUUCGUGACAAUCCAGCUGUCGAGCUGCUCCGUUGCAGCAGCAGCCACCGUCCUGCCAGCUGGCAACCUUGAGGGGUCGGCAGAUGCCGCGAUGAGGAUUAACAAGAUGACUGACAAACUUGGGCCGCAGCUGUCACAGGGUGCGCUGGUCUAUCUCUCGGGGUCUGAUAAAUUCGACAUCCUCACGGAGCGAUGGCAGCUAUUUGCCCCUCCAACAUUCAUCGCUGUUGUAGUCCCUAGGUGUGAACGGGACGUGCAGCUGACCAUUCAACUGGCAAACUGGUUCGGUCUUCCAUGGCUUGCUAUCUCAGGCCACCACGGGUCUAUAAACAGCCUGGGAACCUUCAAACUCGGCAUCCAGAUUUCGAUGGAGAGCUUCAACGACAUUAACCUUAGUGCCGAUGGACGGACGGCUCGUAUUGGGGGCGGAACGCUCUCUAAAAAAAUCACCGACACUCUUUGGGCGAAGGGCAAGCAGACUGUAACAGGUGCAUGCGAGUGUACUUCUCUCGUUGGUCCCAUGCUGGGCGGUGGCCAUGGCUGGCUACAAGGUCGUAAUGGACUCUCUGCAGACCAGCUCAUCGAGGCGCGCGUGGUCCUUCCGAACGGGCAGCUCGUGACAGUCAGCGAGCAUUCGGAAUAUCGUGACCUCUUCUGGGCUCUGAAAGGCGCCGGUCACAACUUUGGCGUCGUGAUAGAGGUCAAGUACAAGGUCUAUGACGUGUCUAACAAUGGCGGAAGAGAUUGGACAUACGCAAACCUCAUCUUUAAGCAGGACAAGCUCGAGGCGGUCUUCGGUCUGGUCAAUAAGAUAACUAACAACGGCGAGGGCGACGUCGCAUACAUCGACUUUGUCUGGUUCCAGCGCGUAGCUGAGAUUGAUGCUAAGCUCCCCGUGGUCAGCGUGUACAUGCUUUACCAGGGAACCCCCCAAAAGGCGCAGAAUUAUAUCGAUAUGUACAAGGCGCUGGGUCCAGCGAAUAUCACCAUCGUCAAAACCGACUAUACGCAGAUCUCGUCUCUAACCGGAAACGGCAACGACGGCAUCGCUUGCGUCCACGGCGAGUACAGUGCUCUGCGCUUCCCUACUGGCUUCAAGACCUAUAAUCUCACCACCAACCGCAAACUCUUCAAUAAAUUCGCCGACAUCACUUCCCAGCAGCCCGCGUUCGCUAACAGCUUCUUCCUCUUCGAGGACUACUCAACCCGGGGUGUGUCGGCCGUCGAUGCCGAUUCCACCGCGUUUCCGGAUCGCUUUAAUCACCAUCUCAUCAGCCCUGUGAUCAUCUACUUCGACUCUUCGCUUAACGACCAGGCUGUUCAGGCCGGGCAGGAGCUCAGGAAAAUCGCCUUGGAAGGCAAGUCUGGACCACUCAACGCAUAUGUAAACUAUGCGCACGGCGACGAGUCGGAGGAAGACUGGUACGGCCACGAGAAAUGGAGGAUCCAGAGGCUGAAGAGCUUGAAGAAGAAGUAUGACCCGGACAACAAAUUGGUUUAUUACGCUCCGAUCAAGGCGUAGGGUAGAAUCAUGCCAUGGAGCAUUUCUUGCAUUGUGUGUACAGUACAAGUACACUAGCCGGAAGCAAAGAAGGAUUCAAUGUGCUUAACCUAAUAGAUAUUGAUAAUUCUGAAAUAACCCCCACAUUUAUGAAAAUAAAAAGUGGU